AUGAAGCGUCCAACCACAGCGAAGGCUCUAGCCAUGAGCUUUGGUGUUGCUGCCGCUCAAGACUACAACGCCCCGCCGCCUGAUCUUUCAACCCUCCCCAGUCUUUCUCUUUUCGAUACUUGGAGACCUCACAUCCACGUCCUUCCACCAGCAGGCCAGAUUGGAGACCCAUGUGCGCAUUACGUUGAUCCCGAGACGGGUCUAUUUCAUGUUGGCUAUCUCCACAACGGCACUGGCAUUGCAAGUGUCCAAACAGACGACCUUGUCCACUAUUAUGAUGUGAAUGAGAAUGGCAACUACUCAAUCGUUGCUGGUGGUCCCAAUGAUCCUUUGGCAGUCUUCGAUGGAUCCGUCAUUCCUGAUGGCAUUGAUGGCGAGCCAACACUCUUGUACACAGCAGUCUCAUCGCUCCCAAUCCACUGGACCCUGCCCUACACCCGCGGAAGUGAGGCCCAGGCUCUGGCAGUCACCUAUGAUGGCGGGAAGAAUUUUACCAAGCUGGAUAUUCCACCUGUCAUUCCCGAACCUCCUGCCGGGCUGGACGUAACAGCCUUCCGUGACCCAUAUGUUUUCCAAAAUGGAAAACUUGACCAAGCGCUCAGCAGCCCUGAGGGAACGUGGUACACUGCGAUCUCAGGUGGUGUCCAGGAUGUUGGUCCUGGUAUCUUUUUGUACCGCAAUCUGAGCCCGGACUUUGAGCAGUGGGAGUAUCUAGGAGAAUGGUUCAAUGUGCCGGCCAACUCCACCUGGGGCAAUGGUGAUUGGUCCAAGGUCUAUGGCUACAACUGGGAGACUGUGAAUGCAUUCAGUCUUGAUAGAGAAGGGUACAACUAUGAUGGCGACACCUUUGUGCACUUUGGCGUGGAGGGAUCAUUUGCCCCAAUCCAGGAGUCUGUCACCUCUUUCCAUGCUAUGCUCUGGGCAUCUGGCGGUGUGUCGGCCACUGAAGAUGGGAACGCAGCGUUUAAUCCCGAUAUGGUUGGUGUCCUUGACUGGGGCUUGUCAGCAUAUGCCGGUGCUGGAAAGGUUGUGCCUAGUACCUCUCAAGCUUCCACUGAAAGUGGCGCGCCGGACCGCUUCCUCACCUACAUCUGGCUGACUGGCGAUGUGUUUGGAGGAGUUGUCGGCUUCCCUGCUGAGCAGCAAGGCUGGCAGAACACAUUGCUGCUGCCCCGCGAACUGUACAUACGGGAAAUCCCGAAUGUGGUGAACAACGACCUUGUGCAGGAGAUUGGAUCAUGGCGUGUGGCCGGCGACUCUGGCAACUGUGUUGAACUUGAGACUCUUGGAAUCGACAUUGCGCGGGAAACCUAUGCUGCUAUCACUGGUGCUCCAAGCUUCGAAGAGCCGGACAGGACCCUUUCAGAGGAAAGCGUCGUUCCAUUCGAACAAUCACCUGAAUCGAGAUUCUUCUCCCUUGAGGCCCGACUCUCCUUUCCAGCUUCGGCGCGUGACUCCGCCUUGCAGUCUGGUUUCCAGAUCCUGGCCUCGGAGGAAGAGUCAACUACCAUCUACUACCAAUUCUCAAAUGAAUCCAUCAUCAUCGACCGCUAUAACACCAGUGCUGCUGCAGAGACGACCACUGGCAUUGAUGCAUCCCCUGAGUCCGGACGUCUGCGCCUCUUUGACAUCGAUGACAGCUGCGCUCGCAGCGCUGGUAACGACGAUAAGGAUAAGGCUCAUCACGACCACGGCCACGGUGGCAAGCCCAAGCACAACAAAGCGCCUCUUCCUCACGGCAAAGAAGGCAAGCGGCAGGUUGGUGAGUCCAGCGGUGAGCACAUUGAGGCUCUGGACCUUACUAUUACCGUCGACAACUCUGUUCUCGAGGUAUACGCCAACGGACGCUUUGCGCUGUCUACCUAUGUUCGUCCUUGGUAUGCCGACUCGACCGGAAUCCGCUUCUUCCACAACGGCGAGGGCGAGGUCUCGUUCAGCAACAUUCGCGUUGCAGACGGCUUGUACGACGCGUAUCCGGAGAGAGCGCGGUAA